AACGUUAAGCCCUCGGUUUGUAAGCUCUGCUGUGGGAAAAUUACUAAUCGGCCCAAUGGCCGGUAGCCCGUCUGUUAGGAUAAAUAGCGGAAUACCAUCCCCUUGGACGGAAUAUGUUUUGAGUCAGGCUACUUCAUUCCUACACUAGUUUGUCUGCGUUGUACCAAUUCCAACUAUGACUCCUACCAUCCUUGUCGCCGGCGCCACUGGCAACACCGGACGAGGCGUUGUUAAAACCUUGUCAGAACUUCUGAAAACUACCACGAACUUUUCCGGACAUAGAAUCCUUGCUCUUACACGUUCCUCGCGCGGAGAUACAGCAAAACAGCUCGCCGAAUUGCCCAACGUCGAAGUAGUAGAAAAGAAUUGGGCUGAGAUCACCCCGGACUGGCUCCGUCACAACAAUGUUGUGAGAGCUUUCAUCGCUUCACACGUGCACCCGAAUCAAUUCGCCGAAGAAUCGACGUUUCACCUGGCUGCUCUCACAGCAGGCGUUCAGUAUGUCGUACGAAUCUCAACAACCGCUGCGAAUGUGCGUCCGGAUUGCCCCGCCUACUAUCCAAGGACGCACUGGGCAAUUGAAGCCUUGCUGAGCUCGCCGGAAUUUGAGCGUCUGCGAUGGACUUCGCUGCAGCCCAAUAUCUUUUCCCAAUUCUACCUUUCUCCUGCCGCCGAGUUGAUCAAGAACUUCCGCAAGACCGGGAAGCAGGAUACCCUAAGGCUUAUGGCUUCAGAGGAUGCGCCUGUUGGCAUCAUCGACUCGAAUGACGUCGGAGUUUUCGCAGCUCACCUCUUGACUGCGGAUGAUGUCAUCCCGCACAACAAGGCUAAAUACGUCUUGAACGGACCAGAGGAUAUCACCGGGCGCCAAAUUAUUACCAUGAUUGAGGAGUACAUUGGCACCAAAGUUGAAGAUGUUCGCUUUCAGGACCUAUCUUUUAUCGACCACCAGGCAGCCCAAAAUCAGGAGUCCAAGAAUCUCAUUCUGUCGGUCAAGUAUGCUCCGAAAACAGCCUGGGAGGGAAAGUGCGGAGCUACCACGACGAGCAAGGAGGUCCUUCAGCUAGCUGCGCCGAAACGUACGCCUGCUGAAGUUUUCAAGACAAUGGUGGAGGAAUAAGGAAAUGCUCUCACUGAGUCCUAUUUCCUAUCUUCUUAGGUAGAAAUGUUACGGGGAUGAGAAAAAAGGUGUGAAAUAGCCUAAUAAAAGGAAUCUCUUAAACAUUCAGCCGGAUCUGGUUUAUAUCUGUUUUUGUUCUGC